AUGCUUAUUGCUAUGCCUCGAGAUAUUAGAAAAAAAACAAUUUCUACAAAGGAAAUGCUACAAGUCAUGAAUGAUAUGGGGAAAAGAAUUUUGGAUGCUGGGGACUAUGAUCUCCAAGUUGCAAUCACUGAAGCAUUAUGCAGAAUGACAUCAGAAAAACAAAGAGGAGAACUGGCAAUCCAGUGGUUUCCGAUGGAUUUUGUUAGCAAUGCAUUUAAACAAAUUAAAGAUUCUGAGUUUGAAACAGACUGCAGGAAGUUUCUUAACCAAGUGAAUGGUAUGCUUGGAGAUAAAAGAAGGGUAUUUACCUAUCCUUGUUUAUCAGCUGCCCUUGAUAAACAUGAGCUACAGAUGCCAGCAGAUGAAAACCUUGAAGAAUGUUGGAUUGACUUUAAUGUUGGUAGUAGAAGUAUAUCCUUCUAUGUUGCUGCAGAUGAUAAAGGUCAUCAGUGGGAAACCGUGUGCAUACCAGAAGAAGAAGUUGGGACCUACGUAAUUGAAGAAAAAGAAAAAGAGAAGUUGUUAACGGUACAUCUAAAGAACCCAAUGUCUGUUGGUGCCCAGGAAGGUGAGAAAAUAAUCUUGCAUUUCGAUUCUGCAUUGGAAAUUGUGGAUGCAGUAAGAAAAAUUUAUGAUGCAACAAAAUGUCAGGGGUUUACAAGGAAGAAUACUGUGUCGGUUGCAAAAACAACAGUGCAUGUAGUUUUUGAUGAAAGUGGAUCACAGGUUCUUAUACCAGAAAGUCAGGUAUCACCUUUGAAAGAAAAAGAAUGUAAAUCACUGGAAGAAAGAAAUAGUUAUUCCUCUCAACACCAAUAUCCUCAAGCAGAGAAAAAUCUAACUAAAAAAACAAUUGAGGUGGACUUCCAAACAGGUCAAUCCAAGACCACCCCUGGUAAAAGGAAAAUGUCUGAGGCAUCAAUGAUUGUGCCAUCCACUUCCAGGUUGUCUGUGUGGAGUCCAUUUCCAUUAAUUAAUACUUCAACUCCACGAAAAGGGAAGAUUAAAACCCCUCUUCAUAUGAUGAGCUUAGUGGAAAGAAAUGAAAUUUUCUCAGUACCUGAGACAAGAGCAAUGAAUACUGGUCGAGAAGACAGUUAUGCCUCUCUGCUUUCCGCAACCAAGGCUCUUAAAAGGAAUAAUUCUGUUGAGAAGCAAACUCCAGUUGAGAAAAUGAAAAAUACGAUAUUACCUGGCCUUUCAGACAGUUCUGUGGCUGAAAUUAAAACUAAAAAACCCCUGAAGUGCUGGAUACCUGAAACAAUAAUAACUCAAUGUCAGAAGAUUACUGCAUCAGAAACUCCUAAUCUAAGUGAUAGAGCUGCUAAGCAAAAAGCUUUUUCUUCAAUAUUUGGAAUGACUUCUUCAGAGCUAAGAAAUAAACAACGUUGCAGUGGAGAAGUCAUAGAGGAGCAACACAGCGAAACCACUAAAAUACCAGCAGAAAAUGCCAAGAUAAACAGUGCAGAUUCACAAACCAGUUUUAAGAAUUUGGAUGAGAAAAUAUCAAAAAGUAAAAGCAGAAAGAGUGUUUCCAAUACAUCUGAAAUAUCGCUUCCUGCUACCAGAAAGAAUAAUAAUUCUCUAGUAAAUUCAAGGCACUCAAAAUCAAUCCCUAAAAUUAAUGAGAAUGAUAUUAGCUUGAAUGUAUCUUCUCCUGGAAAAGGGACUGCUAAUAAGAAAACUGAUCAAAUAAAGUAUGAAAAGAAAGCAAAAUCAAGAGACAUGAUUGAAGCAGCAGAAAUGUUAAUAAGUAAAAUCAGCAAAAGAUAUAAAGACAUGGAUGAUAUAAAAAACACAGGAAUAUUGCACGAGACAUUUUCUGAUAAGAG